AUGGAAAACCCGACAAAGUGGAAAACAUUGGUGCCGACAGCUGCAGUCAUCGUAUCUUUAAUCCUGUUCGUCUUCUCCUACUCCAGGCUUCAAUUCACGGCGACUUGGUCUAGCGAUGAACUGUCCGCAGGAGCGGAACCGGCAAUUGGCAGCAUCGAUCUUGGGCACGGGCCGGUAGUCCAUCAUCCUGAUCAAGAAUCCAAUGGGUUUUCGGUCCGCUUGCAUUCAGAAGAGCGCAUUCACAGGGAGCCGCGCACCGAGGCCCUAGAAUUGAACAUUACCAAAGGGCUAGAGCGCCCGGAUGGCGUGCUGAAGCAAGUCUGCCUCGUCAAUCGAGGGCGGGGGCCUACGAUCGAACUUCGAAGCGGCGACGAGCUUCGCGUUACUGUCCGCAAUCAGCUCGCGGGGCGAGAAGGCGUGUCGAUUCACUGGCACGGUCUCAAGAUUGCGAAUCAGAUGGAUGGCGUCGUGGGUCUUACGCAGAGCAAUCUCCUCCCUGGCCACGCCCAUACUUCCGUCUUGAGCAUACCGAACGAGCAGGCCGGCACGUUCCGGUGGCACAGGUAUGUGCAAUGUUCCCCUUUUGUCGUUAUACCCAUUUUCAGGGAUGCUGAUGAAGUUGCGCCAGCCACUCGGACAUGCAACGUGCCGACGGGCUUUUCGGAUCUCUUAUAGUCCAGAUCCAGCAAGUGAGGCUGAUCGAUAUGGAGUCGAGGACGAGCAAGUACUGAUGGUCGGCGACUGGUACCACCAAGGCGCGGCUGAGGUUUUGGAGUCGUAUGAAGAUUGGAAGGAAUUCAAGAUAGAGCCAGCACCAGACUCCCUGCUCGUCAACGGCGUGGGACUUUUCGCUUGCACCAAGGCAAUGCAGUCGCGUCCACUUGACUGCAAAGAGUCUGUUCUACCGCAUCUGACCCUAGCUGGCCGCACGAGGCUCAGAAUCAUCAACACCGGAUCAUUGACUGGCUUCAGCGUGUCGACAACUGGGUAUCUCAUGACCCUGAUCCAAGUUGACGGAGGGAAUUCUGUAGAUCCAGUGAGCUCAGAAAACAUCGGGACUCUCUAUCCCGGCGAAAGAGUCGACCUUAUUCUGGAGCGCAGAGAGAGCGAGGUGUACGAGUCCGCAUGGAUCACUAUCGCUCUGGAUCGAGAGAACAUGCAAUUUCCUAAUCUAGCUCUCACAGACAGGCAGCAAUUCCCAAUAUCGCCGGAUUUGGAUCACAAGAGGAGAGGUGCUCGUCAGGUUAACACCAGGAACUUGAAAGCGCCUGAGGUGUCCUGGAUUGACCUUGCUGCGGUCAAUGGCUCUAGCAAUCUUACGGGGGGCUUGGACACGACAGCCGACCAGACUGUCCUGCUUUACUCAACCAUUGAGUAUCUGACCGAGGAUGAGUACCGACCGAAAGGAUUCAUUAACCAUACCUCAUGGAACCCAUCGUCCCAUUCUUCAGCGCCGCUGCUGUCGUUGGAGCGAAAAGACUGGCCACAAGACGCAGAGCAAGUGGUCGUGCGAACUCAUUAA